CUGCAGCCUCAAGCGAGAGGGGCGGGGCUAGGUAGCAAGAGUGGAGCGCAAACGUACCUCCAUGCUCAUUGUGUGCAUGUUUAAAAAGCAAUUACGAAGCAUCUUGAAAACUCGCUAGUUGAAAUCCACAUUCGGAAAGCCUUAUUUCCCCCUACAGCAGCACUAAAGCAUUAUCGUCAUCAUGACUGACAGGAAGGCCGUCAUCAAGAAUGCUGACAUGUCGGAGGACAUGCAGCAGGACGCCGUGGACUGUGCGACGCAGGCCAUGGAGAAGUACAACAUAGAGAAGGACAUUGCUGCCUACAUCAAGAAGGAAUUUGACAAGAAGUACAACCCCACCUGGCACUGCAUCGUCGGGAGGAACUUCGGCAGCUACGUGACCCACGAGACCAAGCAUUUCAUCUACUUCUACUUGGGCCAGGUGGCCAUCUUGCUCUUCAAGUCUGGCUGAGGCCUUUCCCUGCGGACGUCCAUUUUUUCUUUUUGUCUUUCCUUGUUUCGCUUCACGGGGAACGCGUCGGACAACGACAUAACAUCACGACGCGAAACUGGCUCGUGCACAGUUGCAUGGACGGUACUUUUAAUUGUACUUUUGCGUAAGAUUACUUUUUUGUUGAUUGCCGUUUGAAUGCAAGUAAUAAAGAGUUAAAAUACCGAUAAAGUAACGCCGUUGUCAACACGUCAUUGUCAUAAGCGCUCAUUGGUUUGCUUCCAUUUGGAGUUGAGGUGUGACUGCAACCAUUUGGUAGAAGAUUCUUAAUUUAGAGUCUAACAAGUUUGUGCGAUUUAAUUUUUUCCCCCCCGCAAUGUGAAGUGAUGGUUCUUGAGCAUUUUUAUUAAAAAAGUGUCACUGUGAAAGUCGCUUGAAUCUUUAGUCGUCUCCUAACGUCGGCUAGCUUGCCCUCACGCUUCCAUGCAUUCAAACUUGACUUUCUGCACGUUAAAAUAAUUUUAAAAACGCACGUCGUGGUGUCUUUUUUUUUUUUUUUUUUUUUUUUUU